CACUGUACAGAGUACAGUGUACAAUGCACGGUGUACGGUGAACGGUGUACAGUGUACCAGUGUACAGCCGACCAACAUGUGAUCGUUACAAGGAAAAGCACAGGAGAAACCUCAAAUUAAGAAGGACAAGACUAAAAAGAGAGUAAGUUUUUCAUAAUCAACAGAUAAGAGAUCCCUGUUCUUUGACAGAGUGAGGACAAAAACGUUUCUUGAUAGAUGUCUUAUUCCACAAAAUUAAAUAAAUGGCGUCUCUAUAAUAAGGAAAAGAGUUCUGACAGUAUGUUGUUGUUACUGUUAAUAUCAGCGGCAGUUGCAGUUACAGAAUCGGCAGUGAAGCUACCUACCCCGGAAGUGGACUCCAGUGGCGAAGGAUCGUCAAGAACGACAGUUAUUCAGAAAUUGGAAAAGUUAGUUAAAGAAAAUAAGGAGGCGAAAGAAAUUGAUUCUGAUCUUAAAUCUGAACCUACCAAGCUUAGGGAACAACUGAUUAAACUUGGAUAUACUCCGGGAUUAGAAGGAGCAGAGAAGAAACAAGAAUUCGCUCAACUGGAUAAAAUCAUUAAAAAAGGACAAAGAUUGCAGUUGGCGAAUCAACUUGGAAAAAGACAAAGGCUAAGGGAUGGGAAGAAACUGAGAAGUGGGAAGAAAAUAUUGGGAAGAUUAAGAGGAAAUAAAGUUAAAGGGGGAAAUAAGUCACAACGUGUUGUUAUACCAGGAGUUGAACCUCUCCCUGCUGUAGUCCCCUCCUCCGUGGUAGUUGUAGAAGAGUAUGAUGAUGAGUAUGAAGACUACUAUGAUGAGUAUGAGGAUUAUGUGGAGUAUGAGGAAUAUGAUGUGCUCCUCCGAGAGGUUUCUCCUAAACACGUCGUCGCCGGAGGCAAACAUAGACAUGAUUCUCAGUAUCAUGAUCAUAAACCUGGACAUCAUAAAUAUCAUGAUCAACAUAAACCAUCUCAUCAUGUUCACAAACAAUCUCACUACGCUCAUCAGAAAGAUCCACACCAUCAUGAUCAAAGAUAUCAGAAUGAUCCACACCAUCAUGAUCUUGGAUAUCAGAAAGAUCCACACCAUCAUGAUCAAGGAUAUCAGAAAGAUCCACACCAUCAUGAUCAAGGAUAUCAGAAAGAUCCACACCAACAUGAGCAUGGAUAUCAGAAGCAACCAGAAUAUAUUCCAGAAAGUGAAUAUCACCAAAAACACCAGGGUUAUGAGUACUUUGUCCAUGUGAAAACAGGCACUGAACCUCCUCCAUAUGAUCCCUACUACCAACCCGAUCCCUACAAUUCGAAUCACAAUGAUCCCUACUACAAACCCGAUCCUUAUUCGAAGCCUGAUUCAUACAGUUUGCAUCAACAGGAUCCCUACUCCAAGCAUAAUCCUUAUAAACAUGGAAAGCAUCACGAUCCCUACGUGAAACAUCAUGAUCCAUACAGACCUGAGAAACAUCAUGAUCCCCAUUACAAAACUGAUCCCUACAGAUCUGAGAAACAUUUUGAUCCCUAUUACAAACCUGAUCCAUACAGACCUGAGAAACAAUAUGAUCCAUAUUACAAGCCUGAUCCCUACUCUAAAUUUCAUCUGAACCCCCUGGAAGAACCUGUAUAUAGAGAGAAUGUAGAUACUCUGCAAUCUUCAUCCUAUCCUCCACAUCCUUCAGCCUACCCACCCCAUUCUCCUACCUACCCACCAAGUCCUCCUGCCUACCCACCACAUCCUCCUACCUACCCACCCCAUCCUCCUACCUACCCUUCCUAUUCACAUUCUCCUAGCUACCCUGUUCAGAACAAACCAAUUUAUCCUUCCUAUGCAGAUCACCACCGUACAGGGUAUUCAUAUAACAAACAAUCCGAACAUGUUUAUCAUCCAACCCAUCCUCAACCCGUCCUACCUCCUCCUCCUUCCUCACUCCAUACUCCAGGUCCAGGUGAAGAUAUAGGAGGGAAUACUCAGGGGUUUACAAACAUCUUUGCAACAGUUCCUAGAGAUGGGGAACUCAUACAUGGACUUCCAGCUCCUGAACCAGCAGCAGGACAGCAUGGUGAUUUGAGUCAACCAAUUGUUGAUGGCGAGGCUUUUGGAGAGGAUCUUGUUGGUGGAUUUCAUCAUCAUACUGGACAGUUUGGCACAUUUGGAUUCUAUGCUAAUUUUUUUGAUACUUAAAAUUUUAUUUCAGUUUAAAAGUUUGUUGUAUAAAAUGUUUAUUAUAUUUGAAGUAACAUUAUUUUAACCAGAUAUUAUAAAUUCACAGCAAUA